AUGUCGUGGUUAUUUGGAUAUAAUAGAAAAACCCCUUCGGAUUUUUCAAGUAUAACCGGCAUCAAUCCCCCUAGUUCCGAAGAUGGAAGUGGUGAUGAUUUGCCCAAAGACAAGAAAAAAAUGGAAGCUUACCGUUUUGAUUCGGUAGCUUUGGAAAGAGCGGCAGCGGCAGCUAGAGAAUUAGAAAAAUCUAAAAAUGCCAAAGAAAUAUUAGAAUUGACUAAACAACAGGAGGCAACAAAGCAGCAAGAGUAUUAUAAAAAAUUGAAAGAAUAUGAAGCACACAUUGAACAAGCCAAAAUUGAGCAAAUACGAGUGGGAGAUGAAGAAAAACGUAAAACUCUUGCCGAAGAAACGAAACAACACCAACUCAGGGCUCAGUAUCAAGAUCAGUUAGCUAGAAAACGGUAUGAAGAUCAAUUGCAGCAGCAGAGGAAAACAAAUGAAGAAAAUCUUAGGAGGCAGGAAGAAUCUGUUGCGAAACAAGAACAACUCAGAAGGGAUACAGUUGAAUAUGAGUUAAAAAGAAGAGAAGAAGUUGAUUUGAAAAAGUUGGAAGCUGAAAUGAGAGCCAAAGCCAAAGUUGAUCGUGAAAAUCAAGAUUUAACAUUGGAACAAAUAAAACUCAAAGCUAAAGAAGAUAGAACCACUAAACUCGAAUCAAUAAUAACAGCUGGUCAUGUGUUUGGAAAUGGUUUGAAUGCUUUACUCAAUGAUUGGGAUAAAGUAUUAACAGCUGUAGGAGGUCUUUCUCUUUUGGCUUUAGGGUUUUACUCUGCCAAAGGAAGCACUUCAUUAGCGACUAGAUUUUUAGAAGCGAGAUUAGGAAAACCAUCUUUAGUCAGAGAAACCUCUAGAUUUUCCCUAAUGGACUGCUUAUUUAACCCGAUAGAAAAUUUUAAAAAAUUGAUAAGAAAACCAUCGGAUGCAUUAUCAGGUGUUGUUUUGGCGCCAAAAUUAGAGGAGCGUCUUAGAGAUAUCGCAAUAGCUACUAAAAAUACUAAACAGAAUAGAGGAAUGUACAGGAAUAUAUUGAUGCACGGGCCGCCAGGAACUGGUAAAACAAUGUUUGCUAAGAAAUUAGCACUUCAUUCGGGAAUGGACUAUGCUAUAUUAACAGGAGGAGAUGUUGCACCCAUGGGACGUGACGGAGUUACCGCCAUUCACAAAGUUUUCGAUUGGGCAACCACUUCUCGAAGAGGUCUUUUAUUAUUCGUGGACGAAGCUGAUGCAUUCCUUAGAAAGAGAAGUUCGGAAACUAUUUCUGAGGAUUUAAGAGCAGCUUUAAAUGCUUUUUUAUAUAGAACCGGUGAACAAUCUAACAAAUUCAUGUUAGUUUUAGCUUCAAACACUCCAGAACAAUUUGAUUGGGCUGUCAACGAUAGGCUCGACGAAAUGGUUGAAUUUACUUUGCCAGGAUUAGAAGAAAGGGAAAGAUUAGUUAGGCUGUACUUUGAUAAAUUUGUUUUAGAGCCUGCUUUAGAAGGAGCCAAAAGACUUAAAGUAGGACAGUUCGAUUACAGUGCGUUGUGUUCAAAAAUGGCGGAAAUGACAGAAGGCAUGUCGGGUCGAGAAAUAGCAAAAUUAGGAGUUGCUUGGCAAGCUGCAGCUUACGCGUCAUCAGACGGAGUCCUAACUGAAAAAAUGGUUAUGGAUCGCGUUUAUGACGCCAUAAGACAACACAAGCAGAAGGUGGAUUGGCAGAGCGAACAAGAAAAAACGGAUAGAAAAUCAUUGACGGAAAGAGGCAAAACAAAAGUAAAAAAUGAAUCUUCUUCUUCUCCUCCCUCUACCACUAAUACUACUACUAGUACUACAACUACAACUGUUACCGAUAAGAAAGUUUAA